AUGACUGUUAAGUUGAUCCACCUCUGUAUUAAUGUCAUCCCAGUUCACAGCCAAUGUCUUCAAGAUGAGAAACUUGCAUUGCUCCAUUUCAAACAAAGCCUUGUAUUUGAUCCUUCCACUUCCUCUAAGCUCGUAUCGUGGAAUUCAAGCAUUGACUGCUGUUCUUGGGCUGGUCUUAGUUGCAGUGAAGGACGUGUCGUUGGUCUUGACAUCAGUGGUGAAUGUAUCUCAGGCAACAUUGGCAAUUCAAGCAGCCUAUUUAAUCUUCAACAUCUUCAAAGCCUCAAUUUGGCCGACAAUGAAGUUGGUCAUGGCUCUCAAAUUCCAUCUGCAAUUGGAAAGCUUACCGAUUUGAGCUAUCUAAACUUGUCUAAUACUGCUUAUUCCGGGCAAAUUCCCAUUGAGAUCUCACAUUUGACAAGGUUGGAAAUUCUUGAUUUAACUACCCCUUACUUUCCAGGAAAUCCUUCACUGAAUCUUGAGAGUCCGAAUUUGAAUGUGCUCAUUCGGAAGUUUUCUGAAUGCCCUAUUAAUAGUUCAUUACUGAAGCUUCAAUCACUCUCAGUUGUUCGGAUAGAGAACAAUAAUCUGUCUACUCAAGUUCCGGAAUUCUUCUCAAAGUUCAAAAAUUUGACUUCCUUGCUCCUCAUGAAUUCUGGAUUAUAUGGUACAUUUCCAAAGAAGAUCUUCCUCGUACCUACACUGCAGAGUAUUGACUUAUCUGGUAAUCCGCAGCUUCAAAGAUCCUUACCAGAAUUUCCGAAGAGUGGAUCUUUUCAAUCCCUGGUUCUCAAUGGGGCAAAUUUUUCAGGCCAGUUGCUUCCAAACUCUAUUGGCAACCUCAAACUGCUGUCCAACGUAGAUGUUUCAACUUGCAAUUUCAUUGGGUCAAUCCCGAGAUCAAUGGAAGACCUUACACAGUUGGUUUAUUUGGACUUGUCGAGAAACCAGUUCAACGGUACAAUUCCAUCCUUCUGUAUGGCUGUUGACGUUUUGAUGUAUAUUUCAUGA